AAGUCUCAAAAGGGAGGUGCGAACUCGUGGUCGGCUUCUGUCAUGACCUCAUACCUCCUCUUCUCCCUCUUCCUCUCCCGAUCCUUCUUCCUGUCCCCGCCCGUGCUCACUUGUGAUUCCCCGAGAUGCUGGCGCAAUGGAUCAUCAUGCUCGCAGUCGCCACGGCUCUGCCUGAAGCGCACGCCGCGCCUUUUGCGCUAUCAGAUGUCAUGCCUCGACAGCCACUCGGACGCAUGCCAGCAUUCACCAAGAUGCCAUACCGCCGUAGCUCCCACACCGGCACAAGAUACGGGAAGCGACAGAUCAAACAAGGCUUGCAGGGCGAAGAUUGGACAACCUCCUACUCCGCCGAGGUCUCUGUCGGCACUCCACCUCAGAACUUUUGGCUGGACCUCGACACAGGGUCGUCCGACCUGUUCGUCAUGAUGGACGGUUUUCCGACUGGUGCGCCCCUGUAUCGUCCUGAUCAAUCCUCGACUGCUCGCCGCACCGGCGCUUCCGGCACUCUGUCAUUCGGCAGCGGCAAUGUCACCGGCGAUCAAUACGAGGACAUGAUCAAUUUCUCCAGCUUCUCGUUGUCCAACUUCAAAUUCUUCGCGCCAACAAUGUACUAUCCUAGUGUCAUUCCCACGGGUGCAUCCGGCCUCCUCGGAAUGUCUAGCAAAGCCCUCACGCACUCCGAAGACGAUGCUUUCCUGCAGACGCUCUUGACGACGAGCAACGUGGAGUCCAUUGCCUUUUCUUUCGCGUACAAGCAGGUCGCACAACACGACGGACCACGAGAGCAGCUGGCAGGCACCUUCACCAUUGGCACUGAAUUCGACUCAAGUCAGUACGAUGGAGAUUUGUACACUUUCAAUAGAGCGAAUUCCAAGCUUGAUAAAUGGCAGCUACCUUUGGACUCUGUCACAUUCAACGGUCAGACCUUUCCCUCAAGCACAGCCCUCAUCGACACGGGCACGAGCUUAAUCAUUGCCCCUCCUGAGGUCGUGCAGCCCUUGUAUCAGUCGAUCCCUGGAGCUCUCUUCAACACUACCGUCUCAGCGUGGCUUGUGCCCUGCAACUCCACCGUGACCUGGGCAUUCGUCUUCGGCGGCACUCAGUUCGACAUGUUGCCGGAAGACAUAGUAGUGAUGGGCUCUGACGAUGCAGCAGUUCCCGACCUGUGUGUGGCGACUGUUCAGCCCAACGAUGAAUCCUCUUGGAUUUUGGGAGAUUCUUUCAUCAAGAAUUACUUCACUGGCUUCCUCUACGGUCCGAAUCCGUCGAUCUCGUUUGCUGCACUACCGCAGGAAGGCGUGCAGCUGGCCUCGACAACCAGUGCAGACAUCCCGACGCCGACCAUUCGCGUUCCAAAAAGUGGAGAGAUCAGCCUCCGUCCCACGCCUACCAUAUCUGACACGGCACCAGCUGGAGUCGGCUUUGCCAGCACGAAUGCACCGGGAGCCACCAAGUCGUCCCUUGCGCCCAAUGCGACAGGUGACGCCUCCUCCUCCCGCUCAAAUGGCAAGUCAAAUGCUGCUGCGCCUCUAGCGGGUAGCGGCUGGCUGCCGCGCCUCCUUUCAGCUGCCAUUGGUCUCAUCGUCGUGCUCGUCGUCAUCUUGUAGUUCUCGACUGCCCGACCUUCGACUAGAGUUUCAAUCCACGUGCCAUCGAGCUGUCUUGAUUGUACUGCUUCAGCAGCGUACUUUCGUUGCUAUCCUUCAUCUGUUUGCACUUCCAUACCUCGAGCAUAGCAAGCUCUUGAUUGACGAAGCACAA